AUGAAGGCGUGGGAGGACACCCGGUCCCACCGCCAGAUUGCCAGCGAGCUGGAUUUCGAUUUGCGCACCAUCGCGCCGAAGCUGUUGGCGGACGCCGUGCACACCGCAGGAAAGGCCCUGGGUCUCUCCGCGGAGGCGCUGCUCUCCGCCGUGGAGUGCAACAUGGGUUUCAUCGAGGCGCCCGGAACAAAGCUCACGCACUUGCGGUCGUCAGGCCAUUACAUUUCCCCUGGCCAGCCCCUCUUGAUCGGCAGCGCGUCCUCCACGCGGAAGUCGGCCUUGAUGCAGUGCUCGGACAAGUGGUUGACGCAGGUCCCGGAGGCCUCCCCUGUUUUCAAAGACAAGUUGGUCAUGAACACGGACUGCACCACGAAGGGCAUUCGGAAGCAGCUUGAAGAACACGGCCGGUGCGGCAUCUCCAGCGACGAGGCCGCAAACACGUUCCAGACGCCCUUCAGCGACCAGGAGUCCGGGGUGCACUAUCUCAGCUGCGCGAGGCUUAACACGUGGACGCAGAGCGAGCACGACGGACCGGCGACCGGCAACGGCAAGGUGUCUUUGGACAACUACAAUUUCAUGCUCAAGUGCGCGGGCCAGACGGAGGUCGUCGAGUUUAUCGCCAUGCCGAAAGUGCACGGGUUCCAGAAGCGCAUGCAGACGGUGUGGGUCCUCCACGACGUGUGCGCGGACGACGGGGUCGAUUCCGAACAGAGCGACUCCUUCAUCGAGCGGCUGCACGGGUGGAUGCACGAGCAUUGUUCUGAUGUCGCCAGCGUUCUCUCGCUCCACGGCUACGCCUACACCAUAUACCGUGCUGCGGAGCAGGCUUUUGAUGACAUCUGUCAGACCGUGCCAAUGCCGCAGGCGUUCAAGACGAAGUUGGAUUUCUUUCACAGCGACUUGCUUCGCGCAACGCACCGGGUGCACCGCGGGAACCAGUUCGCCAGGGACUUCAUCGCCCGGCAUGCUGCCCAGGGCGGCGGCGCCCUGGCGCCGCAACCGCCCCUUGAUGCUGCUUGCGGGCGCUGUCUUCCCAGUGUGAACGAAAUCACGAUGGGGCUCCACAAGGUUCUCCGCCAAAUUGACCUUCACUUCGGGCUGUGCCGCUUCCACGUCGCCCAGAGGACCGCGUCUGCCGAGGGCAACCAUCGCUCCGGCGCCGACGGCAGGUGCGCAGGCGGAUCUUCGGCGGCCGUGCUGGCCGCCCCUGACGUCGCGGAGGCAGCGAUGAGGGCCCUCAUGCCGCCCGAGCUGAUGCGGCAGUUCCUGCUCACUCGCGCUCCCAAGGGGCAGAUUUUCACGGAGGCGCAUGCGAGGCAGUGGCUCAGGAAUACGAGGGACACGUGGUUCAGAACGGACCUGGCAAAGAAGAUCUCCGACGGCUUGACAGCGCUGGUCGCGGCUAAUCUCCUGGACAGGGUCGCGGACGCCGCCGAUGCGGGGGACUCCACCCAGAGGGCCAAGGCGGCGCAAGGCAAGCGCAAGGGCAACCCCAAGGGCAAGGGCAUGUUCAAGAAGCGCAAGCUCGAGGAGAUCGUUGCGGACGCAGACGCCGCGGAGGAACGCAAGCGCCUGCGGGUGAACACGAGCGAAUUCGAGUGA